AUGUCAAACCUCACAAUCCUACGAACAUAUGCCCAGAAAGCACCAGAAACACUUCCCCCUUCAAUUCUGUUUAAGCAAAGCGCGAAGAACAUAACAAUUUUCGAUGGUUACCCCAAGUCCAUAUUUCACUUUCUCAUCCUGCCGCGCAUACAGGAACCUUUGACCGCAGACACCCUUCGCAGCCUUCCAUCGCUUUUGAAAGGUGAUAAAGAGCAGGCCAAAUCUGUCAUUGACGCGAUUGCAGAAGAUGCCAAGGCUGUAAAGAAGGAAAUACAGGAAGAAAUGGUUGAACGGUAUGGCUUCAAAUGGGACAUCUGGACCGGGUUUCAUGGAGUGCCGUCAAUGGAGCACCUCCAUCUACAUGUCCUUUCCGCGGACUUGUGCUCAGAGAGAAUGAAGAACAAGAAGCACUACAACUCUUUCCACCCUAAGCUUGGUUUCUUCUUACACCUUAAUGACGUUCUCUCUUGGUUCGAUGCUGAGUCUUCUUAUUUCUCUAAUCAGAUCAAGAAUCUGAAGCCGAGCAACUAUGAGCCAAUCCUGAAAGAGCCUCUUGCGUGUUUUCACUGCAGGUCUGAAAUGAAAAACAUACCGUCCCUGAAAGCUCAUCUCCAAGAGGAAUGGGACAAACUUGAGCGUCGCGCGAAACGUCCCGCCCCACGAAAACGAAAAGCUCCCAACGCUGAAUCUCAGGCAGACAACACUGAAGCCACCGGGUCCAAGCGGGCGAAAUCAGAAGCGGAGGAACCAGAAACUGCCUCAGGGACGAUAUGA